AUGAGUUUGCUUUCUGUGCUUCCUGUGAGCCUCUGGCUCAUUGCGGCGGGCACCUUUGCUGUUUACCAUGCCAUUCGUGCUGUCUACCUGAUCUUCUUCAGUCCACUGGCCGUUUUCCCAGGCUCACCAUGGGCGGCUUUGGGGGAAUAUUGGGAGGCAUAUUGGAAUAUCGGUCUUGAACCCGGCCGUAAAGGCCAGACGCUGUUCAAGCUCGAGGAGAUGCAUAAGCGACUAGGACCUGCACUGCGCAUGGGUCCCAAUGAGGUGCAUAUAUAUGAUCCAGCCUUCUACCAUGAGCUAUACCGACCGGGUAGUCGGUACUACAAAGACCCAUCGAUGCACAAGGUCCUGGGAGCGCCGUCAAGCACGCUGGCCGAGAGUGACCCGGUGCGGCACAAGCAGCGAAAAGCACCACUAGAGCCACUGUUCUCCAAGAAGAACAUCCUCAGUUUGGAGCCAAUGCUGAUGGAGCACGUUGACCACUGCUCGCAACGAUUUGAUGAGCUUUUUGCCCAGGGAAAACCUGUCUCAAUGGAGUGGGCUUUGAAGUCUCUAGCGAUGGAUAUGGUCUCUCAGUUUGCAUUCGGUCAAUCCCUCAAUGCCCUCGCCGAUCCGGAGUUCAAGUCGCUCCCUGUGCGCGUCUUCCAGCAAUACCUGCCCAGUCUACAUGUCAUCAAGGCUUUCCCCUUUGUGAGACUGCUCAAUUCGCUCCCCUGUGGAUUGCAAAACGGAUUUCCCAUUCUGUUGAGAUGGGACAUGAGCUGGAACAGUUCGCCGCUCGCCGCAUCGAUGAGUAUAUGGCCGCGGCCGCAGCGGGAAAAACCCCUACCUUUCCAACUCUCAUGGAGCGUUUGCUCAUUCCGAUUCCCGAGAAGGGCUACGCGGUCCCGACAAGCAGGGCCUCCGGACGAUACCACUGGGAUUGCCAACACAGUCACCCUUUUCAAUAUCUUCAAUAACCGUGAAGUCCACGACCGCCUCCUGGCGGAGUUGAAAACUGUCAUGCCAACGCCUAAUUCCCAUGUCUCGUAUCUUCAGCUCGAGGCGCUGCCAUAUCUGACCGCGGUGAUCAAAGAAGGCCUUAGAUACUCCUCUCCCGCAGCCUCCCGCACUCCCCGUCUCGUUCCCCCGGGUGGCGUCCGCCUUCCGGACGGCCGAUUCAUCCCUGCGGGAACCCGGGUGGGAAUGGCAAUUUACCAUAUCCACUACAACGAGACGCUGUUCGAAAAUCCCCGCGUAUUUGAUCCAGAGCGUUGGCUGCAGGGACCGGAGGUGACUGCAGAGAGAGCCAAGUUCCUGGUGCCAUUUUCGCGAGGGAGUCGCUCUUGUCUGGGGAUCAAUCUGGCGUAUAUGGAGAUGUAUAUGGCCAUUGCGUAUAUUGUGCGACGAUUCGACUUGGACCUCGUAGGGACAACCGAGGAGGACAUGAAAUGGGAUGAUAUGGUCGUACCUCAGUUCCAUGGAGAGUUUAUGGCGUUGACAAAGCGGCGGGAGGAUUAG